AGUCUUCGCCUAAAGCUCGCGUUGUGUAAGCGUGUGGAAUAGCGCGUUUUCUUCAAAACUCUUACGAAAUUCGUUAUAUAGCGAAUCGUCGAACUUUUUCAUUUCAAGUGACUGUGCCAUAGUGCUGUGUAGUAAAUUUUAUGUGGCGUAUUUUUAUUUAUCGGACAUAAUAGUGACGUACGAGAUUUUUUGCGGAUGCCAGCCGGGAUCGUAUUCAUUCCAAGAAACUGAACCUAAUGGAUCCGAACAAGACAAGUUGAAAUACAUCGUGAAAUAUGAAACGCGCCGCCAUUGCGUUUUGGCGCGAAAUGCCAAUCGCUGUCACGUUCGUUUUCGUGGCAUUGGCAAGCGUUGCUUCAGCCAGGGAUAUUAUUUUAGAUGACACAUACACAGUGAUAGAAGCAUCAACCAACGAAAGACUGCGUCUGGUCUGUGGGUUAAGACCAAGAAGCCAAACGCAAGCUGUCCGGUGGCACUUUGAUGGAAAACGUUUAGAAGGUCAAAUGAAGCCGCGAAUAGUCCAACAAAGGCAGUGGCUCAGAAUAAAAGGAUUCCGAGCGAAGGAUGCGGGUGUAUAUACUUGUCAUAACGAUGAAGAUAAAGGAAAGGAAAUGCGCGUUACUAUAAAGCACAAGCCCGAUGUGGAACAAGACAAUUUAGAAGAAUAUCAAUCCGAUAUCGAUGUACAGAGGCCGAUGCCAGAAAUAUUAUCGCAGCAUCAAGCCGCUCCUAUAUUAGAGAACAAUACAAUAGAAGACAAAAUUGCAACGGAUGUAAAAAGAUUAACAAAAAGCAUGAAGUACAGGGAAUAUGACAUUAAAGACGAAGAUAUUGAUGACAAAAGUGAAAAAGAACAUCCGAAUUAUGGCCACGUUGAUGACACUAAAACAAAAUACGCUCCUAAAUUUAAGCAUCCUUCAAAAAUGUUCAAUAUGGACAUGAAACCCGCUGGUAGUUCCAUAAGAUUAAAAUGUGCUGCUGAUGGAAAUCCAACACCAAAUAUCACGUGGUUUAAAAAUAAUGGCACACCUAUAACGAGAACUUACUUCCAACCAUCUUACGGUAAAUGGUCGAUGACACUUGAUGAGCUGACGAAAGCCGAUAAUGGAAAUUAUACAUGCCUUGUCUGCAAUGAACUGGGUUGCAUCAACCACACUGUUAUACUACAUAUCCAAGAGCGUUUAUACGCGAAACCAGUGCUUACACAAGGCGUAGUCAACCAGACCAAGUUGGUCGGGGAGACAGCGAAAUUCAGCUGCAAAUUCCUCUCAGACCUACAUCCGUACGUUUACUGGAUGUUUUUCACCAAUGACGAGUACAAUUAUAACAUCACCAUUGACACCAAUGACGGUGUGGCUCAGGAGUCUGUUGUGCACUACGAUACCACUAAAGUUAUGCCGAGUGAAGAUACGUCAGAUAAACCAGAACAAUUAACAAUAUUCAAUGUGACCAAAGAAGAUGAAGGCUGGUAUGUGUGCGUCGCUGUCAAUUCCUUAGGCAACACCACUGCUAAGGGAUAUCUAUCAGUUGUAGAAUCUUUUCCUGCACCGGAGCCUAUUAAUCACGGGAAACACACUUUGCUGAUUAACAUAUUAACAGCAGUACUUGGAGCUAUGUUUCUUGUGGCAGCACUCAUUGUGGUGAUGAUAUUCAAAAAGCUGAAACGAGAGAAGAUAAAGAAACAACUUGCGAUUGAGACAGCGAGAGCGGUCAUAGUGACCCACUGGACCAAGAAGGUGACUGUGGAGAAACCCCAGAUGAAUGGCUGUCCUGCUACUACAGGUGAAGGUUUGUUAAUGCCAGUAGUGAAGAUAGAAAAACAAAAAUUAUCUCAAGUACAAAGCAACACCAGCGAUUCAAUGAUGAUGUCAGAAUACGAAUUGCCCAUGGAUAUAGACUGGGAAGUUCCCAGAGAAUCUCUUUCAUUGGGCAAAGUGCUAGGAGAGGGUGAAUUUGGAAAGGUCGUCAAAGCUGAAUGUGUCGGAAUAGUGAAGCCCGGGGUGCAGUCUGUAGUAGCCGUCAAGAUGUUGAAAGAGGGUCACACAGACGCAGAAAUGAUGGCAUUAGUAUCGGAGAUGGAGAUGAUGAAGAUGAUUGGCAAGCAUGUGAAUAUAAUAAACUUACUGGGAUGCUGUACGCAGGAUGGACCAUUAUACGUCAUUGUGGAAUACGCUCCAAAUGGAAAUUUGAGAGAGUUUCUUAGAAAUCAUCGUCCAGGAAACAGAUACGAAUCUCCAACAGAGGAUUUAAAAGAAAAGAAGACCCUCACCCAAAAGGAUUUGGUGUCGUUCUCUUAUCAAGUCGCAAGAGGAAUGGAAUAUUUAGCUUCUAGGCGGUGCAUCCAUAGAGAUUUAGCGGCGCGUAAUGUCCUGGUUUCCGACGACUGCGUUCUCAAGAUCGCGGACUUCGGUUUGGCGAAGGACGUCCACAGCAAUGACUACUACAGAAAGAAAACCGAAGGUCGCCUGCCUGUUCGGUGGAUGGCGCCUGAGUCUUUGUACCACAAGGUUUUCACAACGCAGACUGACGUCUGGUCGUUUGGGGUUCUCUUGUGGGAAAUUAUGACCCUCGGCGGGACACCGUACCCGACGGUACCAGGGCAAUAUAUGUACCAGCACUUAAGCGCUGGACAUCGGAUGGAGAAACCGCCGUGCUGCAGCCUUGAAAUUUAUAUGCUGAUGCGCGAAUGUUGGUCCUUCUCCCCUGGCGAUAGACCGUCCUUCACGGAGCUCGUCGAAGAUUUGGACAAAAUAUUAACCGUGACCGCAAAUCAGGAAUACUUGGACCUGGGCCUUCCACAACUCGAUACCCCACCGUCAAGCUACGACGGCUCCGGGGACGAAAGUGACAGUGAAUUUCCGUUCAUCAAAUAACGAAUUUUACUUCUGAGGAGUUUGGUCUUAGGAACUCCGUUGGGAUAUCGAUACGUGUUCUCAUCGUAUCUUUCUCUAAAGAUACGUUUCGAUGCAUUGAAUGGUUGAAGAGAAUGCUUUUGGAAAUAAACUCACAAUUAAAAACGUGAAAAUUUUUAGUCCGAAUAAAAGGAAUGUUCUGGUAUAAAUCAAAACGCCUUUAUUCGUGUUAUAUAAAAAUAUGGAAUAAUCGAUAAGUUGUAAAUAUUGAUAAAGCAAUGAAUUUAUUAUGAGAUUGUCAUUUUGCAAGUAAUGUGUACUUGAAAUGCCAAAGAGAGAAUAAAAAUGUGAGAUUUUUUUCAUCUAAAGAUGAAACUCGAUAUUGGGCAAAAUAACCUGUGGUGUAUUAAGAACAGAAUGAAACAUUUGUAGAAAUGAAAAAUGGCUCUCAUUAUAUUAAUGUCGAUUUCAGGAGAUUAUUAAUUUAGACAAAUAUUGAAUAACGAAAUAAUCAGAACUUGUCCCACUUUAACAUUAUAUUUAAUAUCCAUAAAACGUUAAACUAGGUAGCUACACAAAAAUUAGAAUGUAAGCAUUGUACCAACAUUAUAUUCGACCAGUAGUGUAUUAUAGAUUUUUUUACAUUGUUCCGAAUUUGAAAUCAAAAUAGAUGCAAGUAACAAGUCAUGAAGUCGAAAUUAACAAAAAUAUCAACGACACAUGAAUUUUAGUAAUAGUUGUAUUUUAUAUUAUUAUUUAUUUUAUUAAAUAAACCAAAUCAUUUAUCACAAAGUAUUUGCAUUUUUUGUAAAUAAUAUUUUUUGUUUGUUUCGGCUUUUGCCGCGCAUAAUAUAUCAUUAUUUUGUAAAUAAUUGUUAUAGAACCAAAGUUCGAUGUAUGUAUAGACAUUUAAUAUUAUUAUUUUAUCCUAAUAAGUGUUUUUCGUAGUAUUGGAAUUAUUUGUAAGUGAAUUAUGGUAAAAUAAUACUUUGAAAUUAAUAAAACACUUGCAAUGCUGACAAAUGUCAGUAUUGCAAGUGUUUGAUUAAUCAAUAUCGUUAUUAAGGCCGAAAAGAACAAAUUAAUCUCUUCUUGUGAAUGUUGUUCCCUUCAUGCUUGUAAUAUUUACUGUAUGGCAGAUGAAACCUAUUAAUACUUCGACAGAAUUUUGUUAAAAUCUACGGCCUAACAAACGAGCACACAUUCUACCUGAUGGUAAGUGGAUGUUAUGACCCUUAGAUAUCUAUCUACAUCUUUACUCGAUUCAAAAUCAGAGUGUAGACACAAUAAAUAAUAUGGUGUAGAUGAAUUAUCACCCCUGAGGACUAACAGAGUGCCCCGUUAACAGUAAAAAAGGGUCAGUAUAUACGACAUUAUAAAACAUUAAAAAAAAACUACCGUACAACAAGCUGUUCUACCACCUACUAUAUGAUUUUAUACUUACAGUAUUAUAUACAGUAUGCGAGAAACUGAGAGUAACAAAGAAUACUCAUAAGCUAUUUAUUUAUAAUCAAUAUUUAAAUUAGUAUUUAAUAUUCUUAUUUCUAAAGGUCUAAAGUAAAGUCGAUAUACAAGUCGACAAUUAAAAAAAAAGCGAAAUAUAUGUACUAGAUCUAGAUAGAUGAUUUUUCCUUUAGUGGUAUUGUUGUCAUUCUUUGUUGCGUUAAAAAGAAGAAAAAAACUUUUUCGUUCAAGUGCCGUCUUGAUUGUUUUAAUGCAUUUCAACAAUAUAAUUUUAAAAUGUACUUAAUUAGGUUUUUUAAUUGACUAUAGUGAGGAUUGUAAUAUUUAAUAUUAUAAGAUUAGUAAAAUUCGAUGUUAGUGUAAAUAGUUUGAAAUACUCUAUGAAAAACAUUCAGUAGACUAUAUAAACAAAAAAUAAAAUAUAUUUUAUCUGUGUAAGUAUUUAAAAGUAGGUACAUGCAUGCAUAGUAAUUGAAAAUUUAUCAAAAGCGUUAUGUAUUACCAAUGACUGUUGGUGAGGAAACUUUUUUGUAUAUUUGAUUUCUCCGUGAAAUGUAUUAAUGUUGUACAAAAUGAAGUAAAGUGACAAAUAAAAGAUAGAACC